AUGGAAGUUUUGGCUGGGUAUAGGCCAAUUGCCGAAAGGCAAAAGAGAGGGGUUACUUUAUUGCUCACAAGCCUUCUACUCAGAAGUCUUGAAGGAACAGGUGGUGCCUGGCUUAUGGUAACUGGGAGUGUCCGUCAGGGAAGACCGUCUCCAAACACAUUCCUACCCACUUCUAGUUUGGUGAAGUGGGGGCCAAUCUCCAAGGAGCAAGAAGACGAAGUUGAAAGGGUGAGGUCAGUGCUGUCAGAGAUCGAGUGUGAGUGUAAAAACCUAGUCACUCAGAAGAAUCUGUUUGAGUCCGGCCUUUUGCAAGGAAUGGCAGAUAUUAUAAAGGGAAGCACAAAGGUGGCUAUGGAUCUGGAUGAUGCCGAGAUGCAGAGGCGGCUUAGAGAGUCUCGGGCGAAGAAGGCUGAGAAGGGGGGUGCCAGGCAGGCGACUGGCAAGCGUCUUAGAGAUGACGAUGAAGGGUUGGUUGCCAAUGUGCUGGGAAAGAAGAGAGCGCUGGAGGAAGCUCACCAGAGUGUGCUGUCGAAGCUCCCCUUGGGUAUGAAGGAUGUUUAUGCCGAGGAGGUGGAGAAGGUGGACUUUUCCACGCUACGUCAGCAAAAGAAGGAGGUGAACCUUGCCAUGCAUCGACAGGAGGUUCCCUUGGUGAACGUCUUCCUGGAAGGCGUGAAGAGUGACCCUGAGGUUCUGGCGAGGACACAGGUCUCUUCCUAUGCAGAUCGCGCCCAGAAGACGUUCCUUACCCAUGUCUAUAAAGCUGCGCUGGCUAGAGAGGUGGAGGAGCUGAAGCGGUCAAAGGCCGAGGAGAUAGCUGCUAUCCAAGCCAAAGUAGAGCAGAAGAAGGCUGAAGACGUAGCCGCUGCACGAGCUGAAGCGGUCGAGUUGUUCCGGAGUUCAGAGGAGCUGCGGAGUUGCAUCAUGGGCCGGUUGGUGUAUGAGCAGUUGUGUUGGGAGGAGAGACUGGCGAGGUUCAACCCUUCGGUCGAGAUUAACUUUGAUACAAGUUGUGAGCCUCUUUCACCUAGUCCUACCGCCAAGGCCACUCCAGAGCCAGAGCCGACUACCACGGAUGCCCCUUCUACCGAGUUCUAA